AUCAGAGCAGCUCCUACAAUCAGCCGUCACCAGGCUCAUGAGCAAAAGCCGCUGAAGCUGAAAUCACUGUUCUGAGUCAAACAUGGCGCUCGCUUUAAGGGUUUCUUGGAUCUGCCUGCUGUUGUUUAGCAUCGGUACUUGUUUUCCCAUAGACUCACCAAACAACCCGUUUACCUUUUCCCUUAUUGGACCUGAAUCGCCGGGCAUUGCCUCACCAGACCCACGCUCUCCUUCGGUGUCCCUGCAGCAUGAAGCUGCCGGCCAGCAGACGGGCUCCCAGACUGGAAACCAGUCCCCACGUAGCCUGGGAGCUCCUAGUUCAGCUGCAGGGUUCUUGUCUGACUACGAGCCAGGGUUGGCCAUGGCUUACGGCUACAGCUCCGACCCCUCCGGUGCCACAGCAGGUCGUUCCUUCAGGCCCUGGUACCUCAACCGUCUUCCCAAGAAGACUCCAGACUUCCAAGCACAGCAGCAGUCUGGUUCAGACAGCGGUGGAGGUUCAACUGUGGGAGGAUCCACCCCUGGCUAUGACAGCUCAUUCUCCCCUGGAGUUGCAUACUCUGGGAACUCAGGUCCUGGAUCUGCUUCCUUCAGUGGUGGUGCUGCUCCCAGCUCGGGAGGUGGGGCUGGAUUCUCAUCUACUCUAGGCCUUCCUUUGGACGAGCUGCCUGCAGGAGGACCUCUUCCUUGGUCCUUCCUGAGACACCUGAGUCCACUUCGUCUCUUUCCGGACGUCAACGCCUGGGAGACCGACGAGGUUCCACUGGGUAUGAUCGAGCCUCCCGCUGUGGCGCCUUCAUCUUACAUCAUCCAGUCCAGUAACGGCUACCAGCGAGCUAGAGAACUCUUGUCCCACUCUAAAUACUCGCCGGACAUCUUCGACCACUUUCUUUUACCCCCCAUUGUCACCCAAACAACAACUGAGACUCCAGUGAUUGAAACUCCGGGGGAAAAGGGCAAAUGAGGGUGAAUUCGGUGAUUAAACUUCAGCCUGCUUUGAAAAUUUAGCAUGUCUGAAUGUUGAAAAUAUUAAAUCUAUCGAUUAAAGCUCAUUUGUGCUUUAUUAUUGCUAGA